GUAACGAGUCACAGUUGUGAGACAGAAAAAACAACAACAAGCGUAGCGAGAUCAACGUAGCGCUGAUUAAAUUGUGAAUAUGUCUUACUCUGAGGCAGAGACUGUGCUGUAUAGCAUUUUAGGAUUAGUUAUAAUCGAAAAUGCAUUGGAAAUAUACAUUUCGUUGCGUCAGGUAAAUGUGUACAAAAGUGCACUGUCUGUGCCAAAAGAGUUGACCAAGCAUAUGAAUGAUGAGACAUUCCACAAGUCACGCAAAUAUGGGCUAGACCAAGAGACUUUUGGCAUAUUUAAGGCUGUGCUUAUGGAUGUUCUACUACUCUGUCUGGAGCUAUAUAUAGGGCUGAUUGCGCUACUCUGGCAAGCCUCAGUAGAUGUUGUGGAUCGUCUUAACUGGGACUCCAGCAAUGAGAUACUCGUCAGCUGCGUAUUUGUACUGAUAUCGAAUGCCUUGUCUACCUUCAAGUCAAUGCCCUUCAAGAUCUACAAGACUUUUGUUCUGGAGGAGAAACAUGGAUUCAAUAAGCAAACAGCUGGCUUCUUUGCUUGGGAUCAGGUUAAGGGCUUUGUGGUUAUGCAGGUUGUAAUGAUACCCAUUACCGCUGCUAUAAUAUUUAUAGUACAACGCGGUGGUGAUAACUUCUUCAUCUGGCUGUGGGUCUUCACUGGUAUCAUCUCCCUAUUGCUGCUCACCAUCUACCCCAUAUUUAUUGCACCACUGUUUGACAAGUAUACACCUUUGGAGCAGGGGCCAUUGCGCAAGUCCAUUGAAGAUUUGGCAGCAUCCCUCAAUUUUCCGCUCACCAAAUUAUACGUGGUUGAGGGCUCCAAACGUUCGUCGCAUAGCAACGCCUACUUCUAUGGCCUAUGGAAUUCCAAGCGUAUUGUGCUUUUCGAUACUCUGCUGCUGAACAAAGGCAAGCCUGAUGACUCUGAACUGUCUGCUGAUGAGAAGGGCAAGGGCUGCACCAAUGAGGAGGUCUUGGCCGUGCUGGGACACGAGCUGGGCCACUGGAAGCUGGGACAUGUGACUAAGAAUAUUAUUAUAAUGCAAGUUCAUUUAUUCCUGAUGUUCCUGGUCUUUGGCUAUCUAUUCAAGUAUGCACCUUUCUAUGAGGCCAUGGGCUUCCAACCAGGCACACGUCCCAUUCUUGUGGGUCUGCUCAUUGUGUUCACUUAUGUAAUGGCUCCUUAUAAUGCUCUUAUUAACUUUGCUAUGACCAUACUGUCGCGUCGCUAUGAAUACCAAGCCGAUGAGUUUGCUCACUCACUUGGCUUUGAAGAGCAAUUGGGACGCGCACUGAUUAAACUUAAUCUUGACAAUCUAGGCUUUCCUGUUUAUGACUGGCUUUACUCCACUUGGAAUCAUUCACACCCAACUCUGCUGCAACGCUUGGCUCGCCUCAAGGAGCUGAGCGAGCCGAAGAAACAAAAGUAAAUCAACAUUGACCAAAGCAUAUAACCUUGUCACACUCUUUUUCAGAUUUAGUUGUAGUCGUCAAUAAAGCUAACAAAAUUUUAUUAAGUCAGACACACUAACCUAAUUAAGACUUGGAUUAAUCUUUUAAUACACUUUUUACUACUUUAUACAUAU